AAAAACUUUAAAUCCGAUUAAACAUGAGUUUGUGACCAAACAGACCAUUUGAUGGCAAUUUAAAUGUGCAUUGAAAAUAGCGUUCAAAUGAUGUGAUAAACGAUUACUUCCACUGAAGACUAGACUUAAAAAACUUUUUUUUAUUAAUUAAUUAUUUGACUAAAUAUUAAGAAAAGAAAAAUAGAUUUUGAGUACAAAAUAGUUUUGAGAAAUGCCGGCAAAGCUGAAGAGUAGUCGCAAUCGGGCCCUACAGUGCAAUGACCGCAAACACGUGCCGAUGCCUACCGGGCCCUUCCGGGUCGUCGGCUUUCGGGACAUAAUGACGGGGUUGACGAAAAAGGGCGGCGUUUUGGUGCGCCUCUACUACCCGGCCGCCAACCAGUCGAAGACUCCUGAGGAGCAGCACCUGUAUUGGCCCAAUUGGCUGCCGCAGGAGGCCUACGGGCGC